AUGGAAGCUGUUCCUGCUUUAGGAGAGAUUUGUGGCACAAAAUUCAGCAAAAAUUUUACAGGUCCUCUGUGUGGUAAUUGGAGAGGAUGUGCAAAAUGUUCUUAUGAAGAUAUCAUUGGCGUUGAAAACUUAUUCCCAGAAAAGGGGAUUUUGCAUUCAUUCAUGGAAUCCCACAUAGAUGGAGUGGUCCUUUUGGCAACUGAUUUUGUACAGAAGGAUGAGAAGAAAGAUGAAAGAGUGGAUCGCAUUUUGGAUAUGAUCAAUAGAAAACAUGAUUGGGAAAAUCAUGUUUGGGGAGUAAAACAAGCUACGAGCUCUGAAUUUGAGGAAGCUACGAGCUCCGAAUUUGAGAGAAAACAUGCGGACCGAGGAACAGAGUCAAGGAAGAAGAAUGUCUUGUGCCAGCUAGCUGCUUCAUCAAAAGGGAAUAUUGACACAAAUAUGAAAAAAUUCUUGGAGGGUCUGGUACAAGCUUCUUUUACUACUUUUAGGGAGCAAUUCUGUCAGCAGUUCUCGGACAGGUUGGAGAAGAUUGAGACUGAGGUUACACAACUCAGGACAGCUUCGGAGAGAACUGAGCAGUUUGAGACAGUUGUAACCGACAAGUUGGGGAAAAUUGAGGCUGAGGUUACACAGCUCAGGACAACUUUAGUGGUGACUGAAUUGGUGGGAAAGAGUGAUCAAGCAAGCGGUCCUAGCAUGACCAAAGUCAACACUGGUCCUAGCAUGACCGAUUAG